UGCAAAAUGUUAUUUAACAGUAACAUUUGUUUGGCCAGAUGCAAAUAUUGUGUGCUAAAGCCCACUCAGAUAGUGCACCUAAACAAUUUGCUCCACGGAAACCUGUUCUGGCUUGAAUUUUUCUCCUUCCCUAAAGAUGAGGAGCCGUCGACCUGCCGCUCCGGAAAUCUCGGAGCCGCUGAAGCAGCUGCCGUCCUGCGGGAUGAACCAGGUUUGUGAGCCGACCGGGAUGCGGGUGGACCGGGUGCUUCUGUUCGAGGGUCCCCGAGAGGUGGAGGUUAUUGAGGAGUGUCACUGUGAGAUCAAGCUGAGCCAAUGCAUCCGCGUCCCCGCACUAAGGACCUACAACUCCGACACACCGUAUGAGAUGGUCAUAGACGUGGGAGGAUGCUCCCGGUCCAAAGGAUCCCCAGGAAAUAGAUGUGGGCAGAUGUUUGGGAGGCUGCGCUACAGGAAGCCGAUGCCUUCUUAGUAGUCCAACUGAUCCACAAAUCUGCCACUUGUGGUCUGAAAGGCAGCCCAGCUCGUGCAUUCCUCAGGGUUACGAGAGCCACAGCUUCUUCAGCCAGCAUGGACAGAGUCGAACUGUCCUCUCCAUCACUUCCUGCCUUUGCCAAAACUAACUACAGCGCCUUCUACUGGAAAACAGCUCCCCAAUCUUCCAGUGAUUCCCAAAAUGAUUUACCGCUGUGGCUGCAGCCCAUUAAUGAACCCAACUAAAUACUACCCUAAAGUAUUAUUGUAUUAUAUGUAAUAUAUGUACAUAUGAUAAUUUUGUAAUAAAUUUAAUACCUCACUCUGUGAUGGCUUCUUAUUAUACACUUUACCCACAAAGUUUACCCAGACUGCAGAUUAGACCUGUUGAAAAGUUUUCCAAGGUGCCCUACAAUAAAACAAAAUAAAUAUUAUAAUAAUGGUAAACAAAUAGUGUGCCUGUGUGCUGCCCUCUCUAAUUCAAAAUUAAACAGACUUAGUAUUUUUGAAUCAAAAAUGUAUAAACUGCUGGUUUGAGACUAAAUCUUGUAAAACAGAAACAAGAGGAAAUGAAAGACUGUGUUGCAGGUUCACCAUACACACAUUGCAAUGACUGUUUUUUGACCAAUUCAGACUUUUUCUCUUCUUGGUGAACCUUGGAAGUAAAUGAAGUUCUAAUGCAAAUCCCCACACUUCUGAAGUUUCAAAGGGUCUGAAUGAGGCCUUAAAAAAACGCUGAAAUGGAGCUUAAUAAAACAACCACUAGACUUGCAGGUAGCUGAUUUCUCCCUGAUUUGCUAUCAAUGUGUGAAAAAAACACUUUCCGUCUCGGUUUUCUGUGUCUUCAAAAGAGAAAAAAGGUUUUACAGCUUGCUUGCAAGGUGUCAUGUAGGGAAAACUUUGAUCUCCUAAAUGUUUAUUACAGUGAAGGAAACAAACAUUUUAAGCCAGAGCCUGUCUUUUGCUUGUGUGUAACUGUGCGUAAAGAUCAAAGGUAACAAAUGGCACCGUGCAUAAUUUCUCUCGUUCCUAGAGAACAAGCGAGUUUGCUUUCAGAAAUCAAUGAAAAUAUGCGAGUUUACUGCAUAAUUUAAGCUGCACAUAAAUCCAUCUUCUAAAUCCAGAGACAUUUUAUUAUUAGUAUUUCUGCUUUUUUAAUAGAGAAAUGAUGUUCCAAUCUCGUUGUACACUGUACAAUGACAAUAAAGCACAUUCUAUUCUAUGGGGUAAACUCUCCCUAAAUUAACAUUUUCAGCUUAUCUAGCACGGCACAUGGGUCAAAUGAUAAAUUCUAACAAUAAAUCAGGAAAUUUACUAUAGGCUGUAUCAGUAAAUAAAAUGUUUUGGUAGGUCUACAUCAGUACCAUACAGGUAGUCGGCACAGCUGGACUUUGGGGCUCCUUGUCAAAAACAAAGCUGCAAAUUUGAUGGUUAUCCAAGUGUAACUGGAUAAGCAGUUAUGUAAAUCUCACAAAGUGUAACCAGCGACACCUGUGUCAGUAUAGCAGUAAUUGGUUUCCACCUAAGGCGUUGUGCCCAUUAUUCUAAAUUAAUGGAUUCAUUGAGGCACUAUUAACCUCCCCCUGUGAGGGUGCGUCCAACAGAGAUCAAGAUCAAGCUUAUUCUGUUUUCAGCUUUAUAUAUAAAAGGGAAAACAUAUUCCACAAUAACAUAGUCACUGAUCAAUAACACUCCAGAUUUUCAAAGGCUGAAGUUACUUUAUUUGAGCCUUUAUUGCCAGACAUGGAGACAAUGGGCUUGAAUAAAAUCUACAAUGGGCUUCACACCUUGUGAACACCGCCAUUAGUCUUCCUUUACAUUCGCUGAUUGGUGAUUUACAUUUGCGACCAAAUAGCAUUUUUACUGCUGUUUACCGA